AUGUCGCGAUUGAGAAGAUUUAAUAGGAGUGUUCUACUCGACGGGUCUGACUUUCAGGCUGAUAUCGAUGACAGUGGGAUUCCAGAUCUGCCAAUGGACACUGAUGAGCAAGAAGAGCUGAUCGAACGGUUCGAGAUAAGUAACACUUUGCGAAAUAAACGCUAUGCCAAUACAUUAUCGUUAACGUAUCUUCUGUUUUCUGGGCUGUGUCUAAUGAUGGCAAGCAAAGCUCAUGGGCGUGAAAUGGCACUGUUGGUCUUGCAAUCGCUGUCGAUCAUCUGCUCUAUGGUGCUUGCAAGGUACGAACUGAUGCACAGCUAUCCAAUCUUUGGUGGUUUCUCAAUCUAUAUUAACAACUCGAGAAUCCAGGUACUGAAUGUGGUUUUGAUAGUACUUAUCGAAUGGAUCGGAUUUGCUUCUCACGAUCCGUGGUCAUCUCAACUUUCCCGUCAAAUACCUGUUGUACUGUUUUUAAUCACUCGAACCUUGAAGAAAUGGUCUGAAGAUAUGGAACAAGAACUGAACCAAUUGCGUAAGAUGAAGUAUAGGUACAAAAAUGCAUGA